AUGGCCUCCGCCGACCAGCCUCUCGAACAGCCAUCGGCCCAUGGCAAGGACAGCAAAAAGGCCGAGUUGGCCAACAAGGACUAUCAGGAGCGCAUCGAGUUCCUGCUUACGGUGCCAUUGUUUCAGCGCCUUCCACAGGAUGAGCACCCGGUUGUCGCCUCCAUGUGUGAGGGCUGCAAGUUCAAGCGCAGUGACCUGAUCAUCAAGCAAGGGGCGCGUGGGGAGGAGUUCUACGUGAUCCGCAAAGGCCAAGCGGAGGUCUUCGUCAAGAAAACCAACGGCCAGAAAGAGAAGAUAGCCACGCUGAAGGCCGGGGACCACUUUGGCGAGGGCGCACUGCUUAGGGACGAGCCGCGUGCAGCCACCGUGGUCGCCAUGACCGACAUGCAUACCCUCAAGAUCAAGCGCUCGGACUUCCAGGCCCUGGGCCUGCACCAGAAGCUGAAGUUCGGCCGCCGCGCCGCCGUGAGCUCGGGCAAGAAGUACGCCAAAGCCAAGGACCCCGUGCCGAAAACGCCGGAGGACAUGAAGCUCAUCACGCAGGCCAUCAUGUGCAAUGAGAACUUGAGCGUCAUCGGGAACCUUGAAGAGAAAAUCCCGGCCCUGGCAGCAGUGAUGUGGAAGGAGUUUGUGAAAUCCGGACGGAACGUCAUCACGGAAGGAGACGUGCAGGCCGACUAUUUCUACAUCGUGCACGAAGGUGAGGUCGUGAUCAAGGCGCGGCUCUGCCCUGCCUUCGUGGACAAGCGCAUUCGGAUACCGGCAAAGAAAGCCAAGACGGAGUUCUUCCCGACAAUCUCGAAGAUUCGCUAUGAGGGUCCGCAGAGCGUCAACCCUUUGGCAUUCAAGUACUACCAGCCCGAUGAAGUGGUCCUCGGCAAGAAGAUGAGGGACUGGUGCCGCUUUGCGGUGAGCUGGUGGCACACCUUCAACGGCCAAAUGGGCACGGAUCCCUUUAGCAACGUCAAGACGCACCUGAGACCCUGGGACGUGGAUGGCUCGCUGGAGACAUUCCUGACCCGCGUCGACGUGGCCUUCGAGUUCUUCACGAAGUUGGGGGUGGACUACUACUGCUUCCACGACGUGGACGUGGCACCGCAGGGCGGCAGCCUUCAGGAGUUCCAGAAGAACUUGGACACGAUCUCGGACAAGCUUCUGGCGAAGCAGAAGGAGACGGGCAUCAAGCUGCUUUGGUCCACACAGAACCUCUUCUCGCACCCGCGCUACAAGGACGGAGCUGCCACGGCUCCUACCUUCGACUCCUUUGCCUAUGGCUGCGCGCAGACCCGCAAGAUGCUGGAGAUUGGGAAGAAGCUCAGUGGUGAGACGCACGUGUUUUGGGGCGGGCGCGAGGGCUUCGCCACUGCCUUGAACACGAAAGUGAAGACAGAGCUUGAUCAUAUGGCCACGUUCCUGCGCAUGGCAGUGGCCUACAAGAAGCAAAUCGGAUUCAAUGCGCAGUUUGCCAUUGAGCCGAAAGCACGGGAGCCCACGGCUCACCAGUACGACUACGAUGCCCAGACUGUCAUCGGCUUCCUCUACCAGCAUGGCCUGGAAAAAGAGUUUAAGGUGAACAUUGAACCUAACCACACCACGUUGGCUGGACACGACUACGAACACGAUCUGCGGAUGGCGUCGGCCUUGGGCAUGCUGGGCUCCAUCGACUGCAAUGCUGGGCAGCCAUAUCUUGGAUGGGACACGGACGAGUUCCCAUCAGAUCCGAGGAAGGCACUUCUGAGCAUGCUGAUCGUGGUGCAGCAGGGCGGCAUUGCGCCAGGGGGCAAUAACUUUGAUUGCAAGUUGCGACGAGAGAGCACCGACAUCGAAGACAUGUUCAUCGCCCACAUCGGAGGGAUGGACUGUCUGGCUCGCGGGCUGAUUGGCGCCUGCAAACUCGUCGAAGAGAAUCUCCUGCAGAAGGCGCUGGACACCAGGUAUUCGUCCUGGUCAACGAACCCUCUUGCAAAGAAGGUAGAGGAAGGGAAAGCGACUCUGGAGGAAAUCGAGGCAUAUGCCCUAAAGGCACCAGAGCCGGCCACAGGGAGUGGCAAGCAAGAGUACCUCGAGCAGUUGAUCAACCGCUACAUCUUGACGAUACGUGCCUCCACAGCAGCUCAGUGCUGUGAGAUUUCUGCGUUGAACAGCGCGGAGCCAGGCCAAAGCUUUGGGGAGCUUGCCUUGCUCUACUGCGCCCCGCGAGCCGCAUCCGUGAGGGCCGUGACAAACGCGGUGCUUUGGGUCAUCGACCGGGCGCACUUCAAGGAAGUCCUCCUCCAGGCCAGUGCCAGGAAGCUCGAGGAGUACCGAGGCUACCUCGAUGCAGUGCCGCUUCUGUCGGCGCUGCUGAAGGAGGAGCGCCUGGAGCUGGCCGAGGCGCUGGUGGAGAUGCACUUCUACGAAGGUGAGCAAAUCAUCACGCAAGGAGAGACCGGGGCCACGUUCUACAUCAUGUUCUCUGGCACCGUGGAUGUCUACAAGGACGACAUGAAAAUCACCACGCUCGAGGCCAGCAUGGCCCGCCGCACGACCCAAUACUUUGGAGAGUUUGCCUUAUUGGAAGAUGAGAAGCGGGCUGCGACCGUCAAGGUCACCUCAGCGUCGGUGCGAUGCUUGGUUCUGGACCGUGAAUCCUUCCAAGCCCUGCUGGGCCCGUUGAAGGAAAUCAUUGAGAGCCAGAAGUCGAGGAGGCAGACGGAUCGCUUCAGCCAACAUGAAGAAAUGCAAGCUCAAAGGGGUGCUGCGCUGAGCCCCGACAGGGUCAAGGUCUACAAGCAGGACCUGGCAUACGUGGGAUUGCUUGGAGUCGGCGGGUUCUCAAAAGUGGAGUUGUGGCAACACACAGAGACGGGAGCAACGUAUGCCUUAAAGACCAUCGACAAGGGUGUCAUUCUGAAGUACAGAAUGCAGGAGAGAGCCUUAGAGCCUUAA